AUGUCUGCAGCACAAGCCCGCCUCUCCCAGGUCUCCGGCCACCUCGGUGGCAGCAAGCAAUCCAUCCUUUCCAAGUCCCCCGACGACGUCGUCGUCACCUGCGCCAUCCGCACACCUUUCACAAAAGGCGGCAAAGGUCUGCUCAAGGACACCGCCGCCGCCGACCUUCUGGCCCUCACUUUCAAGAAUCUCAUUGAACGCUCAGAGAUUGACCCGAGUCUCGUCGAGGACAUUGCCACCGGUUGCGUACUUGCUCCAGGAGGUGGUGCUACUGAAUACCGUGCAGCUGCUCUUGUUGCAGGCUUUCCAGUAACAACGGCUGUCAAGUCCCUGAACAGACAAUGUUCCUCUGGUCUGCAGGCAUGCGUGGAUAUUGCCAAUGCCAUCCGAUCCGGCAUGAUUGAAAUCGGGAUCGGCUCUGGCGUCGAGAGCAUGUCUUCCCAAUAUGGCCCCGGCGCAGUCACCGAAUUCUCCGAUCUACUGGAAAACCACAUGCAAGCCGCAAACUGCAAGGUCCCUAUGGGUGUCCUCUCUGAGCAGAUGGCCAAAGACCGCAAGAUCUCCCGUGUUGACCAAGACGCCUUCGCAGCCUCUUCAUACCAGAAGGCCCUCAAAGCUCAACAGGCAGGUCUCUUCGACGAAGAAAUCGCACCUAUCACGGUCAAAUACACCGAUCCCAAGACCGAGGAAGAAAAGACCGUGACCGUCACGAAAGAUGACGGCAUGAGACCCGGAAUCACCGCGGAAUCCCUGGCAAAGAUUCGUCCAGCCUUUGCAAAGGAUGGCUCUAUCCACGCCGGCAAUGCUUCACAGAUCUCCGAUGGCGCCGCCGCAGUCUUGCUCAUGAAACGCAGCACCGCUGAGCGUCUGGGUCAACCUAUCCUGGGUAAAUUUGUGGCAUCCUCUGUAGUCGGUGUCCCACCCUUGCUCAUGGGUAUUGGACCUUGGAAGGCUAUCCCCAUAGCGCUAGAGAAAGCCGGCAUCUCCAAGGAUGAUGUUGAUAUCUACGAGAUCAACGAGGCGUUUGCAAGUCAAUGUGUCUGGUGUGUCAAGGAAUUGGGCUUGCCCUUUGAGAAAGUCAAUCCCAAGGGCGGCGCCAUAGCGUUUGGCCAUCCUCUGGGGUGCACUGGCGCAAGGCAGGUAAGCACCCUCUUCACGGAGCUGAAGAGGACAGGCAAGAAGAUCGGCGUGACGAGUAUGUGCGUGGGCACUGGGAUGUAA